AAGCCCUACUAAUUCGCGGUCUAACAUUACUAAGGCAUCUCUACGAUCAACGUUUAGUAUGAAGAUAUAAAAUGUUACGUGCAACGCGUAAAACGUUUAUUAUAUUAAUUGUUAUUGUUCUGCUGUCGAUACAAGAAGCAGAAUGCAGAAGAAAAAUUUUGAGAGGCAGAAAAACAGUAACCAGGCGAUAUAUGAAACCGCUACUACUGCCAGCCUGGGCAAUAAUAACACUAGUCGCAAUAGGACAGCUUAUAAUUGGAGCAUUAUUUUACCUACUGUUAAAAGUCACUAUAUUGGAUAAACCUUUAAACCAACGAUACUCUGCUGCUCCAAUGUCAUUAGCAGAUGAACGCCAAACAGCCUGAUGGUAAAAUUCAAAAUAAAUAAUAAGGGAUGUAAAUUUAAAUUAUAAAAGACACUAAUCUCAAUACCGUACGAUAAAAAAACGAUGCCCAGUUGGCUUUAAAAUGAAAAUCGAUAACACUUUCCAUUUAAUUUUAAAUAUAAAAUGACGACAGCGGUCUUUCCAAGCCAUCUCUGACGCCGAUUUUUUCGAUCGUAUGGUAUUAUGAAAUAACAAUAUUUUUUGUAUAAAUAUGUAAAUUUAUGUUACUGUUAUACACACACGAGAUAAAAUGUAGCUUAGCAAAUUAAUCUAGUUAAAUAUUAAUUAUUAUUUGUAUACAAAUCUAUAAAUGUCAUACUAUAUG